UGGCCAAAGCAGCCCAUCAGCCAGGCCGUGGCCAUACCCAUCCCCUGCUUGUUUCCUCACCACCACCAUUCCGCUGUCGAGCUACACCCUCCAGCGAGGCCUACCAGUUUACGAGAGUCGCACCCGACUCCCAGCUACCCCAGCUGCACGACACACUAGUCGCGGCGAGCCGCCGACCCGGGACUCCCUAAAGUUAUCUCUUUCAACCGCUACACCCGGUUCAGUGCACACCCGCACGCGCAGCGAUGCCGCUCCCAGAUGGCACUACAUUGUCUAUCCAAGGGGUCCCCAAACCAGGGGACGUCCUCUACACAAAGCCCAAGCAGGCGAUGCUCGUCCGAAUGACGUCCGAGGCGCUCGAGGCUCUCGAGGCAUCCCGAGGCACCGCUGCAAUGGAGUUCGAGUUCGGGGACAACCCGGGCAUCCACAUCGGCGACGCGUUCUUCCCGAUGAGCACAACGCCGGAGACCAAUCAUGAGCUCUACCUCCGACAGGCCACAGCGGCGAAGCCUAACGCCCCGCUGAAGCUGUAUGGGAACAUUCUAGGGAAGCUUAGGGUGAACCCCGAGCUCGGGGAGAAAAUAGAGGAGAGGGUGCGCGAAAGCACCCGCGUGGCGGAGGAGCAGCGCACCGAGCGCAAGACGAUCCGCCUCGACGGCCCGCUCGACCUCGGGAAGCCCGCGGCCGCUGGCAAGAAGAAGAAGGAUGUUCAGAACAUGUUCCGCAAGCCUCUGGGCGGCCGGAACCUCAGCGCAUCCAGCGGCACCCAGGCCACCCGUGGCGCAUCGCCCCGAGUAUCGGCCAAUGCACAGGCAGCGCGGCCGGCGUCGCCUGCUGCGUCGACCUCGCGGACCGUUCUGGAGUCUGAUCCGGGUGCGAGAGGGCGCCUUAUACAUUUCCUUGCUGCACGUCCUUGCGAACAGGAGGAGACCAUUCUGCGAAGGGUAUCAGGAGGUCAGCCUACGGAGGCCAAGCGUGCGGUCCUUCUCACGUUGCUCGAAGAGGUCGGGAUGAAGAGUGGCGACAGAGGUCCUCGCGUCUGGCAACUCAAACCACCAUUGUGGACGACCGAAGUACGCCCAUACGAGCAGAAGUUCUCUGCGGCUUUGAUCGAAACCAUUUCGAAGAACGCUGUGGUCGUCUUCGAAGAGAUGAAGCUUCCUUCAAACCAUAAGGCGUGGGACAACGUGAGGAGGCCUAGGGACGAAAGCCGCCCCGCUACUCCGGCAGGGCAUCAUCCUUUGGCGGACGACUCUGUGCGCGCCGAGCCUAAGCGUGCUAUCAUGAAGGAGGCUAAAACCGCAAAAGCUAAGACGACGGAUGCGCCCAGGAAGAGGAAGGCGAACGAGCCGAUUCCGAUGAAGGACGAGAGCGUCCGUCCUCAUUCUACGUCUAAGGGGAAAGAGAGAGCGGCUGAUACCGCUACGCCGGACUCGUCCUCUGGAAGGCCGUCAAUGCGGAGGUUCCCAGGUUCGGGCUUCAAGGCUCGGGCAAGCGGGAGCGGCACCCCUCCUACGCCGACCCUGCAGGACUCGCCCGGUAUGCGGGCAGCGUCCCCUGCGGUUCUCCAGCCACCGAAAAGGACAGGCCCGGUCGACGUUCGGCAGAGCAAGCGCUCCAUGCCUCCUCCUUCGGGCACUGCGGACCCUGCUCCGCCAAUCGCUCCCCCGGCGAUGCAAGAACGAAAGGUGUCGAGCGGAUCGACCACCAAGGUGGCCACUCAGCGGAAAGCCGAGGAGGACCGAGCUGCGUCAAAGACUGCAGCAGCUAAGAAAGCAGCACGGGAGGUUGAGCGCAAUCACGACCUGCCAACGGGUACCAGCUCUAUGAAGAAGUUCAAGAAGCGCGUCGCGAACGACGACGACGACUACUCCGACCGCGACGCGCAGCGCCAGAAGAAGCGCAAGGUGACUGAGACGAAAGUGAAGCUCGAGCGCGAGAGGGACCGGGAACGCGAGAGGGAGAGUGAUCGGGAGAGCCGCCGCGGCAGGGACAAGGACAGCGAUCUAGAGCGGGGUCGCGGGAGGGUGAGGGACGCGCCGAUCCCGAAGAAGGCGAUCAAGCAGGAAGCGUCGCCGAUCACUGUCGCUCGGGUGAAGGUCAAGAAGGAGGCGUCGCCUGCUGGGUCGUUGUCGCGCCCUCCUAGCGACGCGCAUGCUCGCCCCCCGUCGCGCCUGUCGGAGGUGGAGAUCGCUCGGCCGCCCUCGUCCUCGUCCUCGGUGGACCCUCAGCGCAGCGCUGCUCAGAACCGGCGUCGGAAGUCGCCCGUGUACACCUCGUCCGAAAACGAGAGCCCCCCGCCGGCGAAGGCCAAGGCAGAUGUGGCGCACAAGGAGCGACCGUCGAAGCCUUCGAAGCCGAAGUAUGUGCCGAUCUUCCGGCCGCGGUCGCAGCCCCUCCCGCCGGACGCAGAGGGGCUGAAGAAGUACUACCGGGCGUGCUACCGGGUGUACGCGACGCUGUACACGCAGAAGACGAAGUUCGUGAUGAAGUACCAGGAUAUGUUGGGCGACGGCGAGGACGAGUACGUGUACAUAUCCGACAGCGACUCGGACUCGCCGCUCGAGCUGUUCGACCCCGACAUCACGUCGGCGUUCAUGGCGGACCUUGCAGGGGUGGAGGAGGAACUGAGCAAGGUUCGGAUGGCAUACGAGAGUCUGGAGAUCAGUGGGGACUCGGAGUAGGAGGACAGUUAUAUUAAUAUCAGCGAUCCUGAGGGUGACUCAUCUGGGGAUGCUUUCUUCAUGUCGGAACUGUAUCAUAUUUCUAUCAGGGACGGUCUCAUCCGAGUCUCAUCAAAUACAAAUGUACCGAGAGUGCUGCACGACAUUCCUGGUUCGCUUCGUGCUCCUGGAAUCGGUGGAUGUAAGAUGUCUUAUGCACCGAGGCUGGAACGAUGCACACGGUUAUUUAAGGAGG